AUGGUAUAUAACCCUUCUGCAAAGGGCCUGGCAAAGGCAAGGAGAGAAAAAGCAUCAAUCAAGUUCACCCUCGAUUACAGAUAUACUCGCCUACUUCAGCAAAUGCAGUUCAAGCUCUUCGCCAUCGCCGCCAUCGCCAGCCAGGCCGCCGCUACCCUCGAUGUCCUGACCAACUCGCAGAUCUCCGAGCGUCUGUUCGGUCUGUCGACCGAGCAGGUCAAGAACAUUGACCGCGCCGUCCACGAGGCCACCACCCCGAUCGUCCAGGUCGCCAGCCAGAUUGUCCGCAGCAUGCGCCCGACCUUCGAGGAGGCCCUGGCCGACUCGCAGAAGAUUGUCCGUGAGGCCGCCCAGGUCGUUAACCAGGCUUUCACCCCCGACGUCCGCGCCAAGAUCCGCACCAGCGUCAUGAACGCCGUCAAGACCACCCUUGACAGCCACAUCUAA